AAUUAAUUGUAAUUGAAGGAACGGAGUUCUUAUUGUAUAUUAUCAUACAGUUUAAUAAUCAACAUUUUCAAAUAAAUAUGUGAUGUGUGGACUGUCCAGGGUUCAAUAUUUCAAAACUCGUAACACGUUAUUAGUUAGUUAAUAACAAACGAUAGUUAAAUCCAUUGUAAAUCAAAUAAGAAUAAUAUUUUACAUUUAAAUAAGCAGUGUCAAUUAGUUAUAACUAUAGUGUGUUAUACAAUCAGUCAAAAUGAUCUUGGGCUACCGAAAAUGUCAUAUAGCAGCGUUAUCAAGCCGUAUUAGGGUAUGCAGAUGUUUGAAAUUUAGUUCCCCGAACAUUCGACAUUAUGCAUCUAAGAAUUCUUAUAGUCAGAAGUUAGAUUUGAGACGUUCAUUACAAGUAGCUAACUCUCAAGUUAAUGGAUUUUCAGACAGGUCACAGUUGAAAUAUGCUCGUCGUCUUGUCAUUAAAAUGGGUAGUGCCGUAAUAACUAGAGAAGAUGAACAUGGAAUCGCUCUUGGUCGCUUAGCUUCUAUUGUUGAACAAGUAGCUGAAUGUCAUUUAGAAGGCCGUGAAUGUAUAAUGGUCACUAGUGGAGCAGUGGCUUUUGGAAAGCAAAAACUGACCCAAGAAGUACUUAUGUCAUUAAGUAUGCGAGAAACCCUUGCAGCCAAAGAUAAUACUAGGAAAGAUGUAACAACCCUUUUAGAAGCUAGAGCAGCAGCAGCUGUCGGUCAAUCGGGUUUAAUGUCUUUAUAUGAUGCCAUGUUCUCUCAGUAUGGCGUAAAAAUAGCACAAGUACUUGUAACGGAACUUGAUUUUUACAAUGAUCAGACUCGCAAUAAUCUCGUGAGUACUCUGUCUGAACUAAUCAGUUUGAACAUUGUUCCUAUUAUUAAUACAAAUGAUGCGGUGACACCGCCCCCUCAAGACAGUGAACAGAUGAAGUCAAAAGGGAAAAAGGUGAUCAGUAUCAAAGACAAUGACAGUUUAGCCGCAAUGGUAGCUGCUGAAAUUAGAGCUGACUUGUUAAUGCUAAUGUCAGAUGUAGAUGGUAUUUAUACACUGCCCCCUAAACAAGAAGGUGCAAAAAUGAUAUGGACUUAUAAUAGCGAUAUGGUGGAUAUAAUUCAAUUCGGUCAAAAAUCAACUGUGGGUACUGGGNUCAAUUCGGUCAAAAAUCAACAGUGGGUACUGGGGGCAUGGAUUCAAAG